AUGCAUGCAAAUAAUAUACUUUCAACGCUAGCCCUCUUUCUCACUGGCAGCGCUGCCAUGCACAAUGCAAACCAUAUCUUCAACGCCAUUCACGCCUCAAUGCGGCUGUGGGGCUCAUCACUUCAUCACAAUGGCAUGACAUUCUUCCUGGCCACCGUCCCCGAGGGCAUCCAGCUCUAUCACGGAAACGCCCGGCCAGACCCUAUCGAGAAGAUCGGGUGGAUGGCCUUUGAACCUGAUCAUGCGAUGGUCUUUGCUCGUCCGGCUAGACGACCGUCUCCGUCUAUGCUUCCGGACCAACAUCUACAGCAUGCGAUGGCGGCAGAGGAUACACCUGCGGAUGAUUCAGGCUUCCUUCAUACCUUUUUAACCGCUAAGGAGCUGCGCCUUGUUUACAUCGAUGGGACCUCCGCGGGAAAAUCGCAGAUCGGCACCCUGGACUCCCAGGAUCGGAUCUUGUUCAACGAUACCCUGCACGGCGGGGUUGGAAUGGAAGAUCAGCGGGCGAGGGCUGUGUGUCGUCUUGCGCAGACGGAGUGGGAAGGACGGGUCGAUGGCGUCAUUCGCAUGGCUGCGGGGUUUGAGAUCAUUCUAUGCGAUCCUGAGGUAAACCUGGUACCUGUGCAGGUAACUCAGGUGAGACAACCUGGUGUCACGAAGGGACCACACAAGCAGGAGAAAGGGAAGCCGAAGGGGAAGCCUGGGGAGCUGCUGAGAGCAGUCACGUCUCGGUUCCAUGGUAUCGGUGGUGAACGGGUUCGAGUGAACUACGACCAUUUUGUCACAGCCUAUAGCUACGACCUCGACUUGUUCCCUGGAGAUAGCACGCUGCCGCGUUUGACACACUUGUCGCCCGAGGAAUUACAACCCAUUCGUGAUGGUUUGACGCAUUUAGUCGUGACGAAAGACCCCAGUGACCGCUCCGUGAACUGGCAGGCUGUCGCGGACCUGAUUGUUGAGAAAUACGGCCGUUUUAUACAUGGUCUCCUGCGGCGGAGACAUCAUCGCGGUGAUUCUGACGUUCGCGAAUUUAUAGUCGCCCAGAUUGACCGCCUCAUGGCGCCGUUCAUCGAUGUCCGUAGCGGAGAUGACGAGCAGGCUAUCAAACUCUGCUCUACGCAGUUCGUUCCACUUCCAAAUGAUAACUCAUGCCUGGCGCACAGGGCAUUGUACGCUGUCAAUCACCGGAUCUGCUCGACAUUAAUGGCGGUCAGGAAGGAGACCGAUCCUCAGGCUAUGAUCUCUACUAUUCGGGACUUGGUGGGUUAUCUGGACUGGACGGUGUGGAAGGAGUGUCGUGGGCACCGCGACGAUGAAUUCUGUGCCAUUCCCAUUUGGCCGCAAGGAUCCCGGGAGGAUUAUCAUCAUCCCCGGCCUCAGAGGUAUGACGAGGCAUAUCAAGGGGAGAAUGAUUACUGGGGGCCCGUAUGGGACUGA